AUGAAUGGCUGCAGUGGCCCCUCUUUAUGCCUCCAGACGCAGCUCCCGCAGCAGAAGGUGCAGCUGCAGGAGGCCUGCACCCGCAAGGAGAAGAAUGUGGCCACGCUGGAGCAUCAGCUGGUGGAGGUGGAGGAGACAGUGCGACAGUUCCGGGGAGCGGUGGCGGAGCAGCUGGGCAAGAUGCGGGUGUUCCUGGCUGCCCUGGAGGACUCACUGGACCGAGAGGCCGAGCGUGUGCGGGAGGAGGCAGGGGUCGCCUUGCGGCGGGAGCUGGCGGGCGUGAACUCUUACCUGGAGCAGCUGCGGCAGAUGGAGAAGGUGCUGGAGGAGGUGGCUGACAAGCCACAGACCGAGUUCCUCAUGAAAUACUGCCUGGUGACCAGCAGGCUGCAGAAGAUUCUGGCCGAGUCGCCACCUCCAGCCCGUCUGGACAUCCAGCUGCCUGUCAUCUCGGACGACUUCAAAUUCCAGGUGUGGAGGAAGAUGUUCCGGGCGCUGAUGCCAGCGCUGGCGGAGCUGACCCUGGACCCCAGCACAGCGCACCCGAGCCUGGUGCUGGCUGCCUCGGGCCGCCGCGUGGAGUGCUCGGAGCAGAAGGCGCCGGCGGCCGGCGAGGACCCGCGCCAGUUCGACAAGGCGGUGGCGGUGCUGGCGCACCAGCUGCUCUCGGCGGGCGAGCACUACUGGGAGGUGGAGGUGGGCGACAAGCCGCGCUGGGGCCUCGGCGUGAUGGCGGCGCAGGCCAGCCGCCGCGGCCGUCUGCACGCCGUGCCGUCGCAGGGCCUCUGGCUGCUGGGGCUGCGCGAGGGCAAGGUGCUGGAGGCGCACGUGGAGGCCAAGGAGCCGCGGGCGCUACGCACCGGCGAGCGGCGGCCCACGCGCAUCGGCGUCUACCUGAGCUUCGGCGACGGCGUCCUGGCCUUCUACGACGCCAGCGACGGCGACGCGCUCGAGCUGCUCUUCGCCUUCCACGAGCGCCUGCCGGGGCCCGUGUACCCUUUCUUCGACGUGUGCUGGCACGACAAGGGCAAGAACGCCCAGCCGCUGCAGCUCGUGGGGCCGGAGGAGGCCUGAGCCCUGCGUCCUGGGGAGGGGCGCAGAGCCCUGGGAGCCUCGGCCUGGAGGGAGAGUGGGAAAGGGGGUGCAGUGCGGGCUAGGGUUUGGGGCUGGGCACUUAAAGAGUCCUGAGAAGUUGGGGCUUUGCAUGAAGAGGGUUCUGCGUGUGAGUGAGGGAUGCAGGUGGUUGUGGGGGGCGGCACGUGUGAGUCGGCUCAGUUAGGAAAUCUUACUUGGAGAACACAGGUCAGGGGUUCCAGGAAGAAACUGAGGUGCAGGGAAGGAAGGAAAAGAGCUCAGGGGUCUGGGGAAAACUGAGGGAGUCGCUGGCGGGCUCUGUAGACUAAGAAGCCCCUUUAGUCUCAUACUGUCCCCCCAAGGCCUCAGGGAAGGGGUGUUUUGUCCCGGCUCCCCGCUUCGAGCAUGCCGCAGGUUCCCACGUAGAGCACAGAUUGCUGAGUCCGGUCAGUAGGUCUCAACCAGCCCAAACCUGUUCCUUUCUAACAAGUUCCCCGGUGACCCCGAUGCCGCGGCUACAAGAGGGAUCACAGACACCCCACAAAAGGCGGAUGAAGGCGCGCCUCUGCUCAGCCACCUGCCCUUGUGCAGGCCGGUUGUCAGGUUGCUGU